UCUCUCAUCAGGAGACCUCACCCUCACCGAUGGCUAUAAAUUCCGCCGCCUCCUCGUUACCCUAGCGUACUUCUCCUCCCCUCUCCUGCUUGAAGCUCCAUAUCUCUGCCUGUUUGAUUAUAGAGAGAGAGAGAGAGAGAGCUUUUGCAAGCUCCGAGAGUGGUGUAACUUUGGCAUGGCGAUCGAAGAAGAUUCAGUUCGAAAACUGUUGGUGCAAAGCUUGCGUUCAGAUUGUGUUCAGCUUGUGCGAGAGGAGAUGAAGCGCUUGUUUCCUGAAUUUGUCAAUGAUUUGUAUCAGCGGUUGGAAAGAAAGAUGGAAGAGAAACUGGAGCAUGUGAUUCCCCAAAUUUUAAAUCGAUUUGAAAAUAUCAUGCACCAGCAAGCGAAUGGGGUGAUUGCUCAUAAUAGUCAGUUGCCAAGAUCCAUGCCUACGGAAGACGUCCAGCCAGCAUCAGACUUGCAACUUGCCUUCACAAAGAAACUCUUACUUCCAAGCUUCAGCGAAGAUGCGAUCAAAGACGAGGAUCAUAAUCAUCUCCAAGUGUCACUCGAGCAAUUCAAACAUGAUCAGAGGUGUGUUUUUCCGCUUCACUCACCUAUCGAAGUAGAAAUAGUGGUCCUCGAUGGAGGUUUCCCCAGAGAAAAAAGUCAGGACUGGAACACUGAUGAGUUCAAUAGCAGCAUAUUAGAAAAACGGGAGAAUAAGAGAUCAUUGCUUCUGGGAGAGAGCAAGGCUCCAUUAAGUCAAGGCAUAGCUUCCUUUGGAACACUUAAGCUCACUGAUAACUCGAGUCGGGUAAGGACCGGGAAAUUUAGACUAGGAGUCAGAGUUUCUCCGGGCAGCUAUAAAGGACCAAGGAUUAAAGAAGCGAUAACAGAAAGUUUCCUGGUUUUAGACCAUCGAAGCAAAUUCAAUCAGAAGUCUCAUCCCCCAUCUCUUGAUCACGAAGUAUGGAGGCUAGUCAAUAUUGGCAGGAACGGAGCAUUUCAAAGGAGGCUGGAUGUUGCUGGAAUUAAGACCGUGCAAGAUUUCUUGAAGCUCUCGGUUGUCGAUCAGCAACACCUCCGAAAGACUAUAAAGAUGUCAGACAAGAAGUGGGAAGAAACAAUAGGACAUGCAAGGACCUGCAGACUGGGAGAUGAUUUAUACUUGUAUGAUAAACCUCCUUUCACUGUCAAGUUGAAUCCUAUUUGCGAAGUUGUUGAAGUCAGGAAGAACGGCGUGAGCAUCGCUCUUACACAGCUCGCUUCAGAAGAGACAGUCCAGCAUGCUACUGAGGCAUACCAAAAUUGGAACCGGUUGGAGAGAGUUCCGGGGACGCCUUCUAUGAUUGGAGCACAAAAACAGAAUUCUAUCAAAAAAUGUGGACUAGAAUCCGAUGAACCAAGGUGUAGUAAUCCGCUAGAUGGGUCUCAGAGGGAGCUGUCCGCCGGCAAUGUGACUCCACCACUCGGAGCUUCUGUGUGUGUUCUUGAACAGCUUCCUUCACCGCAGAGAGCCGGUGCAGAAAACCAAAACUGGAACCCAUCGGACUCCGAUGGAGGAACCAUGGAAGCGCAACAACAAAGUGAUCAUUUUGGCGACCUAGGUAGAUCAGCCGCAUUGUGGAGUCCCAGCUCGCAAUUGGCAUGGAGUCCAAACAUGUUUUGCGGCACCGGAGAAUCCCCAGGUGAAACAAUAAUAGGAGAUAUUUGGCAAUAGGAAAAGCUGACCUGUGGAUUAUGAUGUUAUUUGAUUUUGUACAAAUUUCCAGCGUCAAAACGUUAUAUGUUCUCACCGACGCUUCUCAUCAUUCAAUGAGUCGAUGAAUCCAUUACAGUAUUCACAUAA